UUUAGAAUAAUAAAUGAAGAAAAACUCAGUUUGAACCGUAAAUUGGGAUUCUCCUGGACGGCCUACCAUGACGUAAACGACAUCUACAAGUACCUUGAAGACGUAAACAAAGCCCAUUCAGAUUGGACAGAAGUUAUCGUGGGCGGUGAAAGUUAUGAGGGCCGUAAAAUCCAAGGCAUCAGGAUCAAUACGCCUACUGGAGAUGAGAACAAACCGGUUAUUUUCAUUGAAUCAGGUAUUCACGCUCGGGAAUGGAUCACGCCGGCCACGACCACAUACUUCAUCAACCAGCUUGUAACAAGCAACAAUCCGAACAUAACUGCGCUGAGGGAUCAAUUUGACUGGCGCAUCUUCCCGUCAGUCAAUCCUGAUGGAUAUCAGUUUAGUUACUACUCUGACCGUAUGUGGAGGAAAACCAGGUCACUAUCACCGAAUGGAUGCAUCGGAGCUGAUCCUAACCGUAAUUGGGAUUACAACUGGCUGAAACACGGUGCGUCGAACAAUCCAUGCGAUUAUCAAACGUAUGGUGGCUCAAAACCGUUCUCGGAGGUGGAGACUAAGACCCUGUCUGCGUACAUCGCCAGCAUCGAGAACCUGCAGGCUUACGUCGCCUUCCACUCUGAUGCUCAGAUGCUGCUGCUCCCAUACUCUGAUUCUACAACUCACGUUGAUAAUUACGAUGAUUUGGUGACAGUAGGUAAAACCUCCCUGAACUAUGGACGUGCAGUCAAUGGGAAAGUAUACCGUGGGCCCGCGACAGCCGCUGAAAUUCUGUACAAAGCCUCAGGCGGCAGCAUGGACUGGGUCCGCGACGCACUAGGCACGCCCCUCGUCUUCACUUAUGAACUCCGGGGCACAUACUUCCAUUGGCCUGCGUACAGAAUACCCGAACAGGGAGAGGAAGUCACCCAAAUGCUUUUGGGACUCGUCACCGAAGCUAAAAACUUGGGAUAUUUUUAAGUUGUGAAAAUUAAAAAUGUCGAUUAAAUAUUUUAAAUGUUA